AUGGCCUCCAAACGCCUCCUCAUCACCUCAAUAUCCACCCUCACCCGACUCACCACCCAACCAAUAUCACGAUCAGCACUCCCCCGCCAGCUCCUCAAUUCUCAAUUACAACCCCUCCGUUUCGCCCACAACAUCCCCCGACCACGAGCCAGUCCCAUACCAUCCACCCCCUCCUCCUCGACCCCAUCAACACCCUCCACAACCCCCCCAUCAUCCCCCUCAACCAAGCCACCCCAACCCUCCUACGAGUUAACCUUCACCUGCGUCCCCUGCAACACCCGCUCCCGCCACACAGUCUCCAAACAAGGCUACCACCACGGCUCCGUCCUCAUCGCCUGCCCCGGCUGCAAAAACCGCCACGUCAUCUCCGACCACCUCAAGAUCUUCGGUGACAAGGCCCUCACCGUCGAGGACAUCCUAAAGUCCAAAGGCGAGCUGGUAAAAAAGGGUACACUGGGCGAGGAUGGCGACCUAGAGUUCUGGGAGGAUGGCUCCACCACCGUGAGGGAUCACGAAGCGCUCGCUAAGGAGGCGGAGGAGAGGGAACGGAGGAAAAAGGAGGUUGAAGAGAGGGAGAGAGAGAUGGUGGCGGGGAGUACGUUUACGAGUGUUAAGUCGGAGGGCAAGGAAUAG